AUGUUCCUUCGUAGAAGUAAUCCAAAACCAUUAGCCGCAAUCAAUAAUACAUCUGUAGCUGAGAAAGAAAACGUACCCGAUGGUGACAAAGAUUCAUCGACAGCUAAUCGUGCGAAUACAUCUACUAGUGAAUAUCUAGCACAAAAACAUCCAGGUUUAUUGCGUCUAUUUGGUUCAACUGUCUGUACAGUCUCGAUUGCGAUAUCUUAUUUAUUCAGUUCGAAAGAACCUGUUGUACAACAGUAUCUUGGAGAGAAACUAUUUGAAUAUCCCCAUGAAGAAGUCGAUUUUUAUUUACCACAAUUGAUCAAUAUGUAUAUUCAUAUUCCAUCAGUGUCAGCGGUUAUUCAGAAGUAUAUAACAGCUAGAUGCUCUGCAAGUGUGAACUUUUCGUUGCUAUGUGCUUGGCUACUUAGCGCAUACAUUGGUGAUCAAAUGAGAUUGUCCAAGAAACCGAAUGACGCCGUCCGUCUACUAUUCGAUAUUUUGUAUGAAAAGUAUAAACCUAAAAUUUGUUACAAACCGACAUUGCCGAGUGAUUCAACGUCGGUUGGUUAUCGUGACCAUGUGCCAGUAGAUGAAGAGGAGGAAGGAACUGAACGGUCGAAUCAAAAACAUCGAAGUAACAUUUCCGGUAGAGUGAACUUUCAUUGGUUUUACGGUUCGCAUCGAAUCAGUUCUGUUUUCUUAGAAUUUUCAGCAUCGAUUAGUACUGACGAGACAAAUAGACAACAUCGCCGACAUGUGAAAUUAUGUUUAGGUGAUCUGAAUUCAGGCCAUGCCUUUGAUAAUAAUUGUACAUGUUUCGAACAUGGCUAUGGUUUUCGUGAAUCGGAAUGUACGUGCAAUGCUCCAAGGCUUUCACCUGAACGAGAAUUUCUCGCUGCAUUGAUUAACAUUGGUAAACAAUUACCACAAGUACCAACAAAAGAGAAGAAAACUCAACAUUUAAUAAGCGAAAUAAAACGACUGAAUAUGAAUCUACCAGCAAGAGUUUGGAUCCCAUUCUGUUCACUUCCGCACCAUAUUGUGAGAUUUGCAUAUACGGAAGCUACGGUCUUGAAUUCUCGUGAUCGAGCACCUUAUAUCGUCUACAUUGAAAUCGUACUUUGUGAUGAUAUCUUCGUAUCUCCAUUACCCCCAAAGCAAUCUGAUUCCAAGUUACGUUGGACACGAUCCGAGGAGAACAUUCACCAUCCAAUGAUAUCCGCCAAUGGUAACAAUGUUGAUUAUAAUAACUGUGAAACUCAAAGUCUAGAUGCUGAAUCCACUGAGCCAUAUCGAAUGUCUAUAAACGACGAAUAUACAGAUAUUUGGUCGACUAGUGAAGAAAUCAACGGCGAUGAACAACCGUCACCAAAACGAAAUGGCCAUCGAUCUCACCAUUUAGUAUUAAGUUCGUAUCAUUCAGAUACACAAUCCAUACGUUCUGUGGAAAGUCAUACCAGCCAGCAAGAAAUCAUGCCCGCCGAUAUACGAAAACGAUUGAGUGAGGCGAAAUUGACUGGUCCAAUUACUUUCGAUCGUGAUCCAGAUGAUCCAUCUGCAGCAACGCUGAAAGAACCAUGGGAUAAGAAAGAACAACGAAUUCGACAGUCAUCACCUUACGGCCAUAUGAAAAACUGGCGACUCGUUGCCGCAAUUGUUAAAUGUGGUGAUGAUCUUCGUCAUGAAUUGCUCGCGUACCAAUUCAUGAUUAAAUUAAAAGAAAUUUGGAAAAAUGAAUCUGUACCGGUGUUUGUGCGUCCCAGUAACAUCCUUGUUCUAUCAAAUAAUAGUGGUCUAAUCGAACCGAUUCUAAAUGCUGUUUCUCUUCAUCAGAUUAAACGAAAUUCAAAUUUAUCCUUACGAGAUUAUUUUCUACAUGAGUUUGGUACUGAAACCAGUGAACAAUUUCUCAAUGCUGUUCGAAAUUUUGUACAAAGUUGUGCUGCUUAUUCGAUUGUUUGUUAUUUACUACAAGUCAAAGACCGACACAACGGAAACAUCUUAUUAGACGAUGAAGGUCAUAUCAUUCAUAUCGAUUUUGGUUUCAUGCUAUCAUCGACACCAAAAAAUCUCGGUUUCGAAAGUUCAGCAUUUAAAAUCACUCAAGAAUUCGUCGACAUUAUGGAUGGAUUGGAAAGUGACAUGUAUAAAUAUUAUAAAAUCUUAAUAUUUCGGGGCUUGAUCGCUGCACGAAAACAUAUGGAUCAACUGAUGCCGAUCGUCGAAAUCAUGCAGCAUGGUUCGCAAUUGAACUGCUUUUCGAAAGGAAAUGUCACAUCAGGAUUGAAAGAACGUUUUCAUCUAAACAUGACAGACGAACAAUUAGAAUUCUAUGUUGAAAAAAUGGUGGAAAGUAGUUUGAACUCAUUGACAACAAAAGUCUAUGACACAUUUCAAUAUUAUACCAGUGGUAUAAGCAAAUAA